AUGGUGCCAAAGCCAACGCCGCGAGACUGGCGACCUCACGGGGACUACAGGGUGCUGAACCAGGUCAUCUCCGACUCGGGAGUCGUUCCUCAACCCAACAAGGUUGAAGCCGUGCAAGGAUUUUCGCAGCCAACCGCAAAGCGCCAGCUUCGGGAAUUUCUGCGUUUGGUAAACUUCUACCACCGUUUCAUUCCCCACUGCGCCCACAUUCAUCAACCUCUCCAUGAUCUGCUGGCCACUUCACGAAAUGGCUCAGACACCCUCUCCUGGUCUCAAGAAGCAAAAGAAGCCUUCCGUGAGGUCAAGCACGCCUUGGCAAACGCCGCACUGCUUGAUUACCCCAGGUCGGGUGUCCUGCAGAAUGUUGAUUUUCCCGCUUUGGCAGCCGCUCAACGUGACGAUGAUGAACUGAAGCAUCUGUUGACCGCGACCACUGCCCUGAAUAUUGAGCGGAUCCCCAUUCCCGCAUCCGAGGAAAAGCACUGGGAACACUCCGCACUCCAGAUUCUCGCUUUUGAUCAUGUCCACUUGGACAUCGUCUGCCCACUGCCACCCUACCACGGACAGGCUUACCUGCUGACAUGUGUCGACAGGUUCACCCGCUGGGCGGAGGCCAUCCCUAUCGUGGACAUGACUGCCGAGACGGUUGCGAGUGCUUUCCUGUACCAUUGGGUAGCCCGUUUUGAGGUGCCCUCCACGGUAACAAUAGACUAUGGCCGACAGUUCGAAUCAGCCCUUUUCACUGCCAUCAGUCAGCUCAUGGGCCCCUCACGCAUACGUACGACGGCGUACUACCCUAUGAGCAAUGGCAUGGUGAAGCGCUUUCACCGCCAGCUGAAGGCUGCGCUCACGGCAACCGAAGAACAGAACUGGGUGAACGCCCUUCCACUUGUUCUUUUGGGUAUACGGUCCACCUUGAAAGAGGACAUUGGCUGCAGCGCCGCGGAGCUCGUCUACGGCACGACACUCAGGCUACCGGGAGAGUUCUUUGCAAGCGGCUCAGAGGAGGCAUUUAUAGCUUACCGUGACUAUGCACUUCGCCUACGCAACGUCAUGAGCAAACUGUGCGCAGUUUGA